GUCUUCUCUGUGUAUUUGUUCAUUAGUCUGUCGACGGCAGUUCGAAUUUAACAAAGUGAAGUGUAAUGUUGGAAAUCUAAUUAAACUAGUUGAGAAUUAUUCUUUUACAUAGGUGUUACAUGGCACUAGAACAAGAGAAUUUAUCCAAUUUAAAGUUUUUGGUACUGGUGAUACAAUUCGCAAUGAAAAUCUAUUAUUAACACAACGUAAAAAAAAACUCCACAAAAAGUGAGGCAGUGGAAAAAUUUUUCAUUGCGAAGUAACGAGGAAAAAAUGUUUUCCAGUGAAAUUAUUAUUCGUGAAAUUUAUCAGUGCGAUUCGAUUUGUAGGAUCUUAUUUUUUUCUUAAGACGUUUAGGUAUUUCCAUGUACAUGUAUGAAGUAGCACGUGAAAAUUUAAAUAUGAAUAGACGUAAUGAAGAAAUCUUGACAUUUUAUCCGACUGAUUGUGAGUUUUCCUCAAAUGCUUAAGCAUAUGUGGAUUAUUUUGGGUACAAUUGUGGUGGGAUUUGUGUUGAGUAGUGCUGAAAAUGUAAUUAUCGAAGAUGGAUUAAGAUCAUCCACGUGGCCAACCACGCCAGCCACAGCAAUUACAUAUCUCCAAGUUGAAGCCAUUUCGGUCCAUGGACAUUCCAUACAACUGUACUUGCAGUGGAAUGGAACAUAUGAUCAAGAUACUCAGAUCGACAUCCAUGUUACACAUGCUCCAGACAAAGGUAAACACUGCACAUCUAAUCCAUGCUACGAGUACAACGUAAUGGCUUCCGAAGGAGAAAUAUACAUUCCACAACAUCCAUCGCAUCUCAUUGAACCAAGAAAAUGUGAAUUUGAACCGGGAUGCACGUAUAUCUUAGAAAUGAAGACUACCAACUGGAAGCCCCUAAAUAGUCUUCUUUACAAAAUUCCAGAUUGUGUUGAUGAUAUUUGCUCUUGUCCCUACACCAGUCAACUCCCAAAUGUGACUAUUAAUGGGAGCUACAACACAUUAACGCAAACAAUUGAUAUCGAUUGGAAUAUUACAACGAUUUUUCAUCUCCCCACCGAUGUCUCAAUAGAUCAUAUUGUCAUAAGCCUCUAUAACGUACGAAAUCAAACAAUUCCCAUGCACGGAUUAAAUCUCUUUGAUCCCCUUGUGGUGCCUCUAAUUAUAAACAAUACAAAUAAGGAUAAAUUAUCCGGUGUGGCACAUUAUAAACUACCAGCGAAUGCUACGGAGGAGGGAAGGAAGUAUAAAUUGGAAGCGAAUGUCAUGGACAAUCGUAAUUGCAAAAGCACAGAUGGGAUAGCAUUUGUGGAAAUUCCGCAGACACAGUCACGCACAGAAGAUGAUAUAUUUGUGAUUGAAAGGAAUAAGAUGUGGACAUUUAUGGCUUUGAUUCCCAUUGCGGUUGUUAUUUUUGUGGCCAUUUACUGUGUACGAUACCAAAGAAAGCUGAAGAGAAUCAAACGACUACAUAACUGGCAAGGAAUUUACCGAACUACACCGUUUACAGCUAAUGGAAGAAUCAAUUCUGUUUCUAUGCAAGAAAAUAUCUUGUACAUCGACACCGAUAUUUUGGAAGCACGUGCUCGCGGGGAGGCAGAUUCACUGGAAAUUCCACAUUCAAGUCUCAAAAUUGGACGUGAAAUUGGAAAAGGUGCUUUUGGGCGUGUCUUCAUUGCUCGUGCUGAAAAUAUUGGCAGUAAAACGGGUUCACUUAUUGUGGCUGUGAAGCAACUUAAAAAAAAACCAACAGCAGAUGAAUUAGAGGAGUUCCUCAGUGAGAUUACUACAAUGAAGAAGGUGGGUCGACAUCCGAAUGUUGUUUCACUUAUUGGUUGUUGUACCAUCCGUCAACCUCUUCUCAUGGUGAUGGAAUAUGUUGGAUGUGGUGAUUUGCUACAAUAUUUACGUCAAGUUCGCGCAAAACAUGAAGCUCGCUCAACUGCUGUUUGUCCUACUUUGGCAACAAAAUCACCUUCUGGAGCUUUUGGAAGGCUACUAAAUUUCUCACCCUCUGGCACAAACAGCUUCUCAGUGGAUCCUACCCUCAAAUACCCAGAUUUAGCACAUCAAACUUCAAGCUCCAAUUCUGAUGCAUCUUACAUCACGCAGCCAGAUAGCGUGCCAUCAGCAUUAAUGAGACCAUCAGUAACUGAAACUCUGUACACGACUGUCAGUAACAAUGCUGAUCUCUCAGCUACGAGUGCUGGUUCCCUAGAGUACGUGUUGGAUCAUAAGGAGUUGCAUAACUUUGCAAUCCAGAUAGCACGUGGGAUGAAUCAUUUGGAAGAGCGGAAAAUCACUCAUCGUGAUUUAGCAGCUCGGAAUGUGCUCAUUGAUGAGCAGAAGACGCUGAAAAUAUCAGAUUUUGGACUAUCGAGGACCGGCAUUUACGUUAACACGCGAAACAAACGCGUGCCACUGCGGUGGCUUUCAAUUGAAGCGGUGCGUGAUAAUCUCUACAGCAGUAAAAGCGAUGUUUGGGCUUUUGGGAUUGUACUGUGGGAAAUUGGUACUCUCGGUGGUUUUCCCUAUCCAACUGUAGGCAACCAUGAAUUGCUGUCGUACCUCAAAUCCGGACAUAGACUCCAGCGACCGGAUAAUUGUACUGAAGACCUUUAUCAGAUAAUGCUUCAAUGUUGGCGGGAACGACCUGAAGAUAGGCCAUCAUUUGAGGAACUUGUAGCAAAAUUAGAACCACCUCAACAGAAAAUUUACAUUGACUUCAAUGACUUAGGACCAGACUACGUUUUCCCUCCAAUCACUGAAGAGGCCAACAAUUAAGCACGUAUUGUGUCUCAAGAUUUACAUUCCAUUGAAAUUAGAGAAUAUUUUAAAUGAAUCUAUAUGGUGCAAUGUUCUUUGAUAAUGGAGAUAUCUUUAGAACCAAGUUCAAUUCAAUUUUGUGAACUUACUGUCUGUCUCUAUUGCAUGAUGAUAACUCAAUUUUCUUCAUUAAGGGAACUGUAGACUUUUUGUUAACCCAGACAAACUCACUCGGAAAAAUUUGCAUAAAAAUUAAAUUCUCAGAAAAAUCAAAUGAAUUCAGUUAAAGCUUUUUAGAACUUUUUACUCGAAAUUUAAAGAAUUUAAGUUAAGAAUUGAUUUUUUUAGACAACUUUCAAAUUAGAAAUUGCGUAAAUUUAAAGAAAUUCCUCUGGGUUAAUAACUUUUCAUCUAUUAAGAAAGAAAAUUAAAAAGAAUACCUACAAAGAAAAACGAUUCCAUAAAAAUUAAAAUUCUUUUUUCCACACAAGUUUCCCAAAGGCAAUUCCUUGGGGGUACAUUCAGUAAGUUCUCCUGUUUCCUCCGUGACUUUUCCAAAGGGCACAAAAUUAAAGAUGUCACAAGAACUUUACUGAAACAAUACUCUUUGCCAAAAAACUUUGCACCAAAUAACACGACACUAGAAAUCCAUGAUAAUGAGUUUAUGUAUUUUAUGGAGCAAUCUAAAUAACAAUGAAGAACAAAAAAACAACCUUAAGAAAAUGAAGCAGGGUGUUUAAAUUAAAUUAAAAUAUGUAGGUACCAUUUUUUCUACAAUUAUGUUUAAAUGUAAUAUAAAUAAAUCCACCAUCGAGCAAAGAAAUGGAUCAAUUUGAACAGAAAAAAUUUCCAUGAGAGGAUUGGUCUUAAAUGUGUUAACGAACAAAAUGGUUUCUGGUUUUUACACAAGGUUCUAUGAGACCGAUUUUAGGAUGUAAAGUGAUAAGUUUAAAUUGAUAUAUAUUUUAUUACAUACAUAUGUAAAUAUUUAGAAAAGCUAUACCAUGUAUCAGCGAAAACCUACUUAAUAUUAAUCAUGAAGAAAUUUGAUGCCUUUCUUUAGACCCCUUAUUAUACAUAAUUUUCAUCCCUUUUUUUUGCACCUGACUUUACAAAAGGAAGGGUUGUAUGUUUGGGUUAUUGUAAGUAAUACAAAUAUUUUUACAUAAUAAGUAGAUCAACUAUAGCACGAUACAACAUUAAUGUAUGUUAUUGAAGACUGUUUGCCAAAUUAAUAGAUAGAAUGCGCUUAAUUCAAAUGUAAUAUGUGUUUUUAGCUUUGUAAGAACUCUUAGACUUUUAAACUUAAUGGGACUUGAAUCAACUUAAAUCCUUAACGUCCUAAAAGAUUUUAAAAAUUGCAGAAAACUCAUAAAAUGUUCUAUCAUUGAAAUUCUAGUUAAACCCAAAAUGAAAUAUGUAUGAGAAAAACAGGGCUCAAAUGAUACAAAUUACGAUAAAAAAGAUACUCAAAAAUAUUGAUUGAUCCUUGGGAAAUUUCAUCAUGUUGUUACCUACCUAAAAAAUGAACAGUUUCACUUUUUUUGAAGACCGUGUAAUUUUUUUUGCCUUAUGUUCUAAACAUUAAAACUUAAGGUAACUAUGUUCUAUUACCUUACCAAAAAAAAAAAAAAAUAAAAAGAUUACAUAAAAUGUAUAAUGAAAUUAGGAAAAACUAUAAAUGUAGGUUAGUUUAAUUUAUAAAUAAAGACAGAAAAAAAUAAAGUUUGGAAUCUUGUAAAAAAUCCUUACCUGCCAAGAAUAA